CAUCAAAAAGAAUUUCACGUGAAAAAUGAUACUCAUCCGAGAAAGAUAGCUUAUCAAAAGAAGAGGUAAUGGCUUCAUCGUCGGAUACUCUCAAAGACGCCGGACAACGUCUGCUCACAAUUAGACAACAAAUUAAUAACUUGAGAGCAUGGAAUAAAUCUCAAGAGAACAAAUUAAUAUCGCAGAAGCCGAACAAAUCAUCGACAACAGAUGAACAAAGAAGUCCCAGUAGUAGCUUCAACGAAAUAGAAGAACAACCUUUAGCUCCAGUUCACCGAAACUUCGAAGCUUUGUUAAACGCUAAAUUGAACGAAGAACGAUAUACCAAAGAUGAAACCACUCGUACUGAUAAACCUGUCCAAAAACGAGCUUUCCUCAAGAAAGGCAAAGGCUUGACGAGGUUUCGAAUGAAACCAGAAGAUUUCAAAUUAAAUCAACGUAAACCGAGUACUCCUCAGAUACCUCUCGAUCAUCAGUCAGAAUCCAAAUCAGUAUCGAGUAAAAGCAACGCGUUGGAAGCAUUCGAAGCUCUGGAGGAACAAGCAAACAAUUCGAGUUUUUGUUCGACCUCCUCGAUGGUCGAACAACUAAUGGAAGAUUCGAUCAAGUCAACUCCGGUCAAAAUAGACGAUACUCAAGAACGUUAUUUACGCGUUACUCAAGAGCAAUACGCUUGUCGAACGCAUAGCUCCGAUGAUAAAUCUAAUUACGAGUUUUUUGGUAUCAGGAGAUUAGAUAUAAUAGACGAAGAACCUUCCAGAUUUGACGAAUCUUCCAAAGAAUUCUCCGCUUCAGAGUGUAAUCUGAUUAUUAAUCGAUCCAAUGUCACCAACGAGUACUCGGAAGAUAGCGCCGAUCAAGACGACGAUGAUGACCAAAGCUCGAAGUGUAGCUGUUGUGAUAAUAGUCGCUUUUUAUCGGCGUCCGUAGCUUCGGUUUCGGUCUACGAAGAAACAACAACUGUAUAUACGCCGAUAAAGAGUACAUUGCAGACUCGCCUUAAAGAACUCGAAUCGGAGAUCGAUGCUUUUAGAAGUGAAAAUGCUCAUUUGACUCAGUUACGUAGCGAAUAUGAGACUGAAUAUAAGAAAUUUUGCGAUGAAAAGACUCAGAUUUUAAGUAAAAUAAGAGAAGAGCAUUUAACCGAGCUGAAAGAAUUGGAACAAGAGAAGAAAAAACUGCAAAGGGAGAAGUUCGCUUUUGAGAAAUAUAUCAAAGAUUCUAGAAACCGACCCAAUAAGGAAGAAAAAGAAGAAAUGAGACUGUUAAAAGAAGAAAUUAAAUCUUUGAAACAAAAAUUAAACGAGAAAGAAAGCAGAUGGGCUGCAGCUCAAGCUAGAAUUCGAUCAGAAAUGAAACAACUCAAAGAUCACAAUUCCAAGCUCAAAGACGAAGUUGACAAAUUACGUAAAUCUUCGAAAAAUACCUCCGUUGUUCCUGUCGCCAAAAAGAGCAAAUCUUAUAGCAAUAUUCUGAGUAAAAUCGACGUCGAAUUGGAGAAAACUCAAAAAAUCGUUGAAAAAUACAAAACUCCUCCGUCGUCUCCUGAUAGCGGUGUGGAUACCUUCGAAGAAACCAAAAUUGAUGAAUUAAGCUCCGAGCUACCUGAUAAAUUGCAUAUAGGAGAUAACGAUUCUAAAAACGAUGAUAAUCCAGAGGGCUCUAAGCCAUUAGAGAUCUGCAACGGUGAAGGUAAUCGAGAAAAAUUCUACGCAGAUGGAAGGAAAGAAAUAUGGUACCCGAAUGGUAACGUUAAGAAAGUCUCAGCCGAUGGUAAAUUAUCAAAAACCAUUUACUACAAUGGAGACGUAAAAGAGAUCUCUACAGAUUUGAAAAUGGUCAAAUAUUUCUACGCCGAAAGUAAAAUAUGGCUUUCAGAGUACGAAAAUGGACUCCAAAUCAUCGAGUUCCCAAAUGGUCAAGUUGAAAAAAGACUGAAAGGCGAAUCCGUCGAAGUUGUAUAUCCAAACGGUACAAUUUACUCGGUAACCGCAUCCGGCGAUAAAGUUUGGGUAAACUUGGACGGUACGACUAUCGUUCAUUACGCCGAUCGAGACGAAAAGAAGAUAUUCUUCCCGAAUAAACAAGUCGAAACUCACACAACGGAGUUCAAAAAAAGAGAAUACCCCGACGGUACGAUAAAAACCAUUUACGUUAAUGGAAUUCAAGAAACCAAAUAUCCUAACGGACGUGUCAGACUGAAAACCAAAGAUGGUCGGUUACUUUCCGAUUCUGAAGUCACAUAAGUCCUAUUUUGAGGAAGAUUUUGAUAUUACAUAAUGAAUUUUUAUAGACAUAUGUUGACGAAUGAUUGUAAAAACGAUCUAAUUGUAGAAUUUUUUUAAUAUUACAAAUUUACACGUGGUUUUUUUUAACA